AUGAAAAUAACUCGUGUUACAGAUGGCAAGCAAAAUACACAGGGUCCUCUUUUAAUUCUGAGUUUCGAUAAAGAGGGACGUCCUACGAUCAGUAGGGAUAACUGGAGUCCAGGGACUCCAGCUCGAACAGAACCGCAGGACGAAGUGAGCACAGCAGUAGCUAAGAACACAAAUAAAAAGAAAGUAAAGUACAAAUGUCCCAAUGGAACCUUUGUAGAAGAACUUGUCGAAGUCGACGACGACGAUAAGGAAGAACCCACUAUUAGGCAAUGGUUCAAUCUAUUUUCGGAGGAUGUAAGACAAGAUGAUGAUAGGAAGAACUAUAGAGAAUUGGGCAUUCUACUACCCUUAUGUGAUAUUUUGGGUGAAACUCCUGGCGAUGGCAUGGAGAAAUACAAAAGUUUCUGUAAAAUAAUGAUGAAAAACAUAAUGUUAGUAACGGACCCAAAGAAUCAAUAUAAAAACAAUGGAGAAGAUUGUCAGAGAAUAGUGCAGGACAUCACCCUAUGUGAUUUAUUGAGGGCCUGGACAUAUUAUAUGGAAUAUUUUUGUGCCCCAAGGAAAGUUAUAAAGCACGCUUUUGAUAUGGCGAAACUAAUAAGGAAAACAUUAAAUGAAAAUGUGAACUAUGCCGAAUGUACUUAUGAUGGUGUACCUGAUAUUCCUGACGACAACGUAAAUAAUUUGCCAUCUGACGUGCGCGACCUAUUUUUCACAAGUGAGUUAUAUACUAUGAUGAAAGCAUUAACUGGCGAGAAAUGGUGUGCCGAUAAGGGUGAACGGCAACAUCUUAUCCGUGGACGAACAGAAACAGAGGUCCCUGAUAAUGUGAGUAGCAGUAAUGUUCAGUUCGAAGGCUUAAGGAAAAUUUUAGGAGAAGUUAAGACAAAGAUGGAAGAAGGAAAGGAGAAAAAGGCAAAAGUGUCAGAAGACUUACAACCAGCCACAGAAGAAACUGUUGUUACUGAACACCAAUCCCAACAACCACCCCUUGAUCCUCCACCCCAAGCAGCACCCUCCUCAAAUGCUCCCUGCAACGAAACUGACCUUUGUGCACGUGCAAAGUGUGUUGCAGAAAGGUGGAAGACAAACAGACUAGACAGCAAGAAGGAGGAUUACACUGACAUGUGGAAGGACGUUGGAAAUAGGGUUCCUGAUCUUGCCAAAGCCAUAUCAGAACCAAACCGCCAAGUGGACAGUUAUUGUCAUGGAGGUAAAUGGGCACAUAGUAAAGUGACUUUUGCAGAAAGGGAAGCAUGCAAGUCCAUUGCUAGGGGGUUGCACCGUAUAUAUAGCAUUAAUAAGACGGAAGGCGGAAGUAAGGAGCAGAAGGCCAAGAAUGACCACCAAUUUUAUCAAACUAUGGAAUGCUUAGUUCUAAACGCUUAUGCAGAUAUGUUGCUCAAAGGAGGAAAAGACUGUAAUGUUACAGAGGAUACAAUAAAAAAGUCAUUUAAAGAAGGAGAAAGUUUCUAUACAAAUUUGUGCGUGAAUAAGCAUGAUCCUAAUUGUGUUAAGUGUGAGAGGUAUGAUCAAUAUGCAGAAUGCCAAAUAAGCGAUAACGGUAAUAAAACCAAUGUAAAGACUGAAGUGGAUGGAAUGCUCACCAGUGAUGGCAACAUAAAGAAAACCCUGGAAGACAUAUCCUGUGACCAAUGCACCAACACCGGACACACCAUAAACCAAUGUUCCACCAGGAACGACAUCACCACCACCACCAUUGUAUCAUCACAUUCAACUAUUACACUACUAAUACUCAUACGUGAAGACUGUAGCAAGAAAGAUAACCUAUGUACACGUGCUCAAUGUGUAACAGUAAAUUGGUUCAAAGACAGAAUAUAUCCAGACAACUCUCAGAAGCAGCACUGGUGUACAUUUUGGACGAAAAAUGACGUCGGAAGGGUACUGACGAGUCUGUCUGAGGCGAUGACGAAGAAUAACGAAAAUAUGAACAACUAUUGCGAUGAGGUCGGGCAGGUAGAUAGUCCAGAAAGAAAGGUAUGUCAAUACAUUACUAGGGGGUUAGAACAUAUAUAUAAUUUUUCAGAACAUGGGAACAACCCUCAAGAGAGGAAAAAUAACAGAAUAUUUGAUCAAACUAUCGGAUGCCUCUUCCUGAACGCCUAUGCAGAUAAAGUGGAAGAAGAAGCGCAAAAAGAAAAACCUAAAUGUGAUGUAAAGAAUGGCAUAACACAUGCCUUCACGAAGAAUGAAGAAAUUAAGGAAGGAACUCUAUGUGAGAAGAAUGGUAAUUGUGUUACUUGCACAAGGGAUACAAGUUAUGAAGGUUGCACACUAAACGUGGAUGAAGGCCUGUUGGAUAAGAAAGCAGGUAAAGAUUGCGAGAAACACAAAGAUGAUAUAAAGAAGAAGUUGGGUGAAAUGCUCGACCCAAAGACGAACGGGGAUCAAGAAGUAAAGGACGCUCUUACUGAAAUAAAUGACAUAUGUCCAAAACCUGACAAACAAGUAGAAGUCAAACCAGAAGCACCACGAUCACAACCUGCGAAACCACCCACCACUAAACCAGCAGGUGAAACUACAGAUACUGCUGCCGCUGCUUCUCUGGGUGCCCCAGGUACACCCAAGGCUCUUCCACUUAGUGACAUGAAGGACCAACCCGUCCUUCCUUACCUUCCUUUGGCUCCUGCCGUGCUUGGUAUUUCUGUUAUGAGUUAUCUCCUAUGGAAGUACUUUGGAAUGCUUCGUAGGACAAGAAAACGUUACAGAAGAGCUCCUCAAAUACGUCGUCCUUCAACUUUGGAAGAACAACUCCUUGAUCAUGCGGACGAAGGUGAUCCACAUGAAUAUUAUUUAGUAAAGGAGCGCAAACCUCGUUCUACGCCUAUGAAAAGAAGGAAAAAACGGGGCGUUCGUCGUCGUGCUGGUCGACGUGGUGUACGUCGCCGCAUGAUUAUUGAUAUUCAUUUAGAAGUCUUAGACGAAUGUCAAAAAGGGGACUUGCAUUCAACGAAGGAAGACUUUUUUGAAAUUUUGGUUCAAGAAUUUAUGGGAAGCGAAUUUAUCAAGGAAGAAAAUAUUCCUAAGGGACAAGUUCCUAUGGUUGAUGUUCCUAAGGAAGAUGUUCUUAAGGAUGAUGUUCCUGAGGGAAGUGUUCCUAAGGAACAGAUUCCGGGUUUAGGGAAGGAAGACUUUGUUCCUAAGGAACAACUUUCUGAGGAAGAUAUUCCUGAUGUUAAUGUCCCUAAGGAAGAUGUCCCUAAGGAAGAUGUCCCUAAGGAAGAUGUCCCUAAGGAAGAUGUCCCUAAGGAAGAUGUCCCUAAGGAAGAUGUCCCUAAGGAAGAUGUCCCUAAGGAAGAUGUCCCUAAGGAACAGGUUCCAAGUUCAGAUUCCGGGUUUAGGGAGGAAGACUUUGUUCCUAAGGAGGAUUUCCCUAAGGAACAGAUUCCAAGUUCAGAUUCGGGUUUUAGGGUGUAG